AUGCAGGGCUUGGUGCGCAGCCUGGUUUGCUCAGAGCUUCCCGACCUCGCGGAGCAGGAUGCGAAUGCGCUCUUCCUCCGCAUCUUCCAGCAACUGAGCUCGGCACCUGGGGGAGGUGCCGCUGAGGAUGCGGCUGUUGAAGAGCUGAUUGCACAGCACUUGCGGGGUCUCAGGAAGAGUGACCGUGGACUCGACAGGCAUCUGCGGUUCCAAGGCUUGAAAAACCGCCUACCGAGUGAGAGCCGCGGCAAACGGUCUUCCGUGUUGGCACUGCUCUUCCUGCUUCGUGGGGAUCCUUAUGCAGGUGAGACGCGGAGUCCUCAGUACUUCACGCAUCGGCGCUCCGAGCCGAAAGGGAGUGGCGCUUCAAAAGCAUCCGAUCCGGCAGUCCCCACGGUUUACAUGGGCUGGCAGCUCUCUGCAGGAGCCGGGGGACCUCCCACAGAGCUGCCAGAGGCGAAGCUGGUGAGGGAUCUACUCUUUGCCUUACAGGGUGUCAGCAGCGACUGCUUCAAGCUCAACGGGUCCUUCGAAGUGGACCCUGCAGUGAUCCUAUCGAGGCCAGCUUGGGUGGUCUCCCAGAAGGUGCUGGAGUUGGCAACGCUACAUGCGCGGCUCAGCAAUCAGGCUUCCGCAGAGGGGCUUUUGCAGCAGGCACUUUGCGAAGCGCUGCGGCAGCAGCUCCAGGACUACUAUGAGAUGCUGGCUCUGCUGAUGUCUCGAAAGCUCACCUUACGCUCCCUUUGGUCUUGGCUCCUGGCUCCGCGCGCCCGCCUGGGUUUCCUGGCCACUCUCUCGGAGGCCACGCGCGAGGGCGUUUUCGGCGGAGCCGUGGCCUCCACCGUCGUCGCUUUCGCGCAGUCGGGAGAUCUUGAGGUGCAGAAGGCAGCAACAAGGAUCCUGGCUUCGGUAGUGCGGCCACUGCUCGCCAUGAUCCGAGCUUGGAUGACAGAAGGGGAGUUGCAGGACCCCUUCGGGGAGUUCUUCGUAGUGGCAGCCUCGGUACCUCUCCAAGACCUUUGGACACGCAUGUACAGAUUGGAGCUGGAGAUGGUGCCCAGUUUUCUGUCACUCGACUUGGCCCGGAAGAUCCUCCUCACCGGUAAAUCCGUCAACUUCAUCCGCCUUUGCUGUCCGGGUCAGGUGUGGUCCAGUAAAGGCAACGAAGCCACGAGGGAAUUCGAUCUGACAGAGAUCCGGGAGCCCCAAGAAGGCCAGGAGGGCCCUGCUUCCGGCCUCUUGCGGGGUCUCGCGGAGCGCGUGGAGAGCGCUGCGCAGCGGACGAAUGAACAUCUCGUUAGACUGCUGAUGGACAAGUAUGCCUUGGGCGAGCAUGCUCUUGCCUUGAGACGCUUUCUCCUCCUGGGGCAGGGAGAUUUCGUUGAAAGCCUCAUGGAUGCGCUGCAGGAGGAGCUGAAUGCGGAAGCGGACACGAUCCACCGCCACCAUUUGAUGGGCGUCCUGGACAUGGCUUUGCGACAGUCCAAUGCGCAGUUCUGCCCAGCAGAUGUCCUGGCACGCCUGGGUGUGAAGCUCCUCAGCCCCUCAGCCGGCGAGCGGGGUUGGGACAUCUUCUUGCUGGACUACAGCAUCGAUGCACCACUACAUGUGGUCUUUACGCCUCUAGCGAUGCAGAAGUACGAGCGCACCUUUGCUUUCCUGUGGAAGCUCAGGCGCGUGUCACAUGCUUUGGCAGCCAGUUGGAGCCAACACAUGACCCUGCAACGACACUUGUCCUUUCUAGGGAAGGCAGGAGCCGCACCGGCGACGGCCUUCUCGGUGUUGCACAGGUUUUCAUGCCUCCGCCACCAGCUCCAGCACUUCGUGCAGAACAUUCAGUCCUAUGUGAUGUUCGAAGUCCUGGACACAUCUUGGGCUAAGCUGCAAGCAGGAUGGCGCAGCUGCACAGAUCUGGACGAAGUGAUCUCGCAGCACGAUCGCUACCUUGUCAGUAUUGAGGAAGGUGCCUUUUUGGCACAAGGUUGCGAGUCGGUCCUGUCCGGAAUCACGGCCCUUCUUGCCUUGGCCUUAGACUUCUGCCACCUGCACGACCAGGCCUGUGCUGCCUCCUUCGAAGCAGCAGAAGCCAUGGAGGAGGCGGAGGAGGAGGAUGUGGGCAGCGUGUUCCAGGUCCUUCGCAGCCAGCCCUUUGCGCGGUCCUUGGCCGAGUGUCGAGCGCAACUGGAUGGCGUGGCUUCCUCCUUUAGCAUGAAGCUUCAGCAGCUAUUGCAGUCGCUGGAGGAGCAACCUGAGCUGCGGGUGCUUGACUUCAGUUUUCUGUGCUGCCGCUUGGAUUUCAAUGGCUACUACGAGAGGCAGGCGGAUUCACCCGCAGGUCCGUGA